AUCCAAGGUUAGAGUUACACAGAGUCAACAUGAUAGAGUUAUGUCAACAAAUGCACCAAAGAAUUCAUUAUUUUUCCAACCAACUGCUAAGACUCCAAAAAAAAUAACAGCUGAUGACUAUAUGCAUGAUAAUAGUCAACUUGAUAGCAGUGCAUAUGGUAGUAUGGAUGAAAUGGAUGAUAUUCCAACAGGUCCUAUUUUACGACGUUCAGCACUUGGUAAUAAGGACAAUUCUAGUACUAAUCCUCAAGACAACACAAGUAUGUCCCUGUCAGAGGAUUUAGAUGAUGAACCACAAGGUCCAAUAUUACGACGUUCUGGACUUGGUAGUGCAGCCAAACCAACUCCAAAUUUAUCCCAGUCAGAAAAUAUUGACGAUGAGCCGAAAGGCCCAAUCUUGCGAAGAUCAGCUCUUAGUAAAAACAGCCCGCCUAAAAGUGAACCAUCAAAUAUCUCUCAGUCUGACGAUAUGAAUGAUGAAACGCAAGGUGAAUGGUGAUUACAGUUGUCAGAACUGUGUGAUCGCAUCGGUUAUCGUUUUCGUAAUGUGGACUCAACAAAGAAUUUAAAAUCUUCACUCGUUAUCGACUUUUGAGACACUAAGCAUGGGUGC